GAAAAAAAAAAAGAUAUGGAGUGACGUGCGCAAGAGUGGGCGAGUGUGACGAAAUGGGUGAAGUGUUUGGCUCCACCAAGGUUCAAGGCGAGCUUGGAGUUGACCACCUACUGACUUCCACCGGCAGUUCCAUCAGAGUCCACCCCAACCUCAGCAUCGAAUGAACUGCAUUGGAUGGACAGCUGUGACAUCAUUCGAUCCCUCAGGAGGCUCAACCCGACUCACGACGACCAGGACUCAUCGAAUCUUCUGGGCUCAAGAGAGUUUCGAAACUUAUCUCUACUGCCCAGUCCUACCGGGUCAUCUACAGCUCAACCCACUGGACGACAACAUCCCAACUCGACUUCAGCAACCUCAACAGGGUCGAUAACUCUUAACCAUUUGAAGUCAGGCGUCGCCGGUGGGAUCGCAGGAUGUCUCGCCAAGACCCUUGUUUCUCCACUCGAUAGGGUCAAGAUACUCUUCCAAACCGGCAAUCCGGACUACUCGAAAUACAGCGGCUCGCUCGGCGGGGUCUUUCGGGCUAUCGGCGCUAUUUGGAAUCAAUCGGGAAUCAGAGGACUCGUUCAAGGACACUCUGCCACUUUAUUUCGGAUUUUCCCCUAUGCCGGUAUCAAAUUCAUGUCAUACGAUAUCCUACACAAAUCGUUGAUGCCCGACGUGAAUGCAGAAACAGCGGGGAGAAGGUUUACGGCCGGCGCCCUAAGCGGGGUCAUGGCCGUGUUCGUGACCUAUCCACUCGAGAUCGUUCGGGUCAGAACAGCCAUCCAAAUCCGGAAAUCUAGGACAGAAACAAUUAGGGUACGAGACGUGGCUAGGUCCCUCUAUUUCGAGAAUCCGUCGACUCCAUCCAGUUGGGAUCUCAAAUUCUUCGAACGCUUUCCAAUCACUAAGUUCUACAGAGGCUUUGCACCUACAAUUUGUGGUAUGGUACCAUAUGCAGGGACAUCAUUUCUAGUAUGGGGGACGUUACAAUCAAAACUACCGAUCCAUCUGCCCAGUACGAUCCGAGACAACGUGGUAGUGAAUUUGUUAUGUGGCUCGAUCGCAGGCAUGGCAGCUCAAACAGUCUCAUAUCCACUCGAAAUCAUCAGACGAAAGAUGCAAGUUGGUGGACCUUUGUCGCAUCGGACAAUCACUCAAACCGCCCAAAUUAUCUUCAACACUCAAGGCUUCCGUGGGUUCUUUGUCGGCUUGAGUAUUGGCUAUCUUAAAGUCAUUCCAAUGACUGCAAUCAGUUUUGUUACUUGGUCUAAGUUAAAAAUCCGAUUUGAAUAGAGUUUCAUUUUUUCCCCUACUUUUACUUCUAUUUAUCUAUAUUAAUUUUCUUUGAGCCUCUUAGCAAAACUUGCAUUAUUAUCUCUUCUUUUAUUCUCUCAAAUCAUUGCAUGUAGAUCUCCCAUAAUGUCGUCUUGAUUUCUUUUCAUUUCUCAUCUCUCCUCUCUUAUCAUGAGAUGCUUCACGACUCGAUGCAUGCUUGAUUUCUCAUUUUACACGCUUGUUUAAGAUGUAGUAAGCAUUUGGAUGAAGGGUUUCAAAUGGCCAAAAGAACUGACACAUCAAGAAAAUGUAGAACUGAAAUCUCAUGUUAGCUUGAAGUAGUGAAACUCUUUCUGGCUCAUGUAAUACUUCAUUUUGUUUAGCAAAUUCAGGUGCACAUGAAAGGUGAUGAUAAAAAAACCACAGGACUGGGUGGCAAUACUCCA